ACCAUGAGAAGGUUUCAGCGAUUUGCUCUAGCAAGUCUCGCAAGGAUCGUGCUUGUGCCAACUCGGUGACUGACGCACCUUUUCCAACGCCUCGAUCCUCCGCCAUGACUCAGUGGACCCUAUGGCUAGCGAUGGCCCUUGUGGCCUUCGGGACGUCUGGGGCGACUAAGUUGCGCGCCGAGGCGGGGCAGGUGGGUGUGGAGGGUGUCGUCGACAACAUCCUGGGGAUGAUGCACCGGGAGCUGGAACGCGUGGGCCUCGGCACCGCUGAGCUCCCCGACGUCGCGGGCACCGAGAACGGCCUGACCCUCGAGGCCACCGAGGGCAUGAUGAAGGGCCUGUUCUCCCUGGGCAGGUCGGGGGCCGCCGUCGUGGACCACGCCGCCGACCACGUCGUCCUCAACACGACGCUCAACCUCAGCACGCUGGAAAUGAGUUACAAAGUCCACGCCAAGUACCUCUUCUUUUCGCUCACGAGUGACGUGGGCGCCACUAUCGACAAGAACUCCAUAACGUUGUCGGUGGGCAUGGACUAUAGCAGCCCUGCGUGCCUCUUCGGGGUGCAGAGCGUGUCCGUGGACGUCCUGGACGGCAUCCAGUGGAAGACGACCGGUUUCAACACCAUCAACAAGCUGGUGUCGACCGUGCUCAACAUCCUGGUGCCGCCGGCCAAGGUGAAGGGCUGGAUCAACGACGCGCUCAACCAGGCCAUCAACGACUUCAAGGUGCCCUGCCUCUCUCUCAUCCCCGGCAUCGGCAAUGGCACAUACCGCUGUUAACGACAAUAAACACCAGUCUUCUAAAA